UCGUCUCUUGCUUCCAAAAAUUUCUUGUGCUGACCCUGCUAUUUAUCUUCCCUAUUCUUAUUCCGUCUCCACAUGCAGAGAAUCGACCGCGUGCCGACUUCCUCCUCCCUUAUUUCCCGUCUUCUCUUCCUCUGACCCUUCUUGUCUCCCCGCUUUUUACAAGGCCAUAUCAGCCCCUCUCCCCUUCCCCUUCUUCCGAUCUAUUCCGGUAUUAGUAUCCCAAACAGGAAUAGAGUGGAAUAGGGCGCCAGAGUGGGAUGUAAAGAGCCAACCAUGAACAAAUCCAGGGGCUUCAGAUUGGGGCGGAAGAUCGUGAGGAUAUGGCGAUGGGUCUUCCAACGCCGCCGCCGCCCGAAAAUUUACCUCCGACUCAACCCUACACGAUCCCAGUCCCAAUCCACCCUAUACCGUUCCAAAACCCACUCUUCUAAGACCAUAACCUCGACGAUGACGACAAAACUGUUCGACUGGGGCCGCGACCUCACAAGCCGCCUUCGGUCCUCUGUCCACGGCGGCGGAAGGGCACGCUUCUGGCGCCUCGGCGACCGGCCCUCCGCCGGCGAUUGGGAGGCCGCCUGCGACGACGCGGCGCUUCUGGGGCACCAGAAAGAGGAAAUAGAGGGGCCGAGGCCGCCGCCCAAGGGGCAUCUGGUGGUGUACGUGGGGGGCCGGAAGGACGGAGGGCCGCCGCAGCGGUACUUGGUGCCCGUGAUCUACUUCAACCACCCGCUGUUCGGGGAGUUGUUGAGGGAGGCGGAGGAGGAGUUCGGCUACCACCACCCAGGCGGGAUCACCAUCCCCUGCCCCGUCUCUCGCUUCGAGCGCGUCCAGACUCGGAUCGCCGCCGGCCAGAAGACCUCCCAGCUCCACUGGUUCCAAAGCAAACAUCAACAUCUCUGACGACGUUUUGGAAAAAGAAAGAAAAAUACCGUGUCUUCUGUUCUUCUUGUGGGGGUGAGUGAUAGAUCCUUUUUUUUCUUGUAAAGGGAUAUGGGUUCACGGCGAUGCUUUGAGAAAAUUGAAGAAUCUUAGUGUAGAUAAUGUGGAGAUUGCCUGCCUUGUGGACAUGUACAAUGGAUGGGUUUUAGCUUUCAAGGUCAUGUUACUCGGCGAACUUUUUAUUUCUAUUCUUGAUUUAUUUUUUUUUUUCCAAUUUA